CUUAAUUUCAGUAUAUUGUAUACCCAAUGGGGAGAUCACCUUGCUGUGACAAAGUGGGGUUGAAGAAAGGACCAUGGACACCAGAAGAAGAUCAGAAGCUCUUAGCAUACAUUGAAGAACAUGGCCAUGGAAGCUGGCGUGCCUUGCCUGCCAAAGCUGGUCUUCAACGAUGUGGGAAGAGCUGUAGGCUUAGAUGGACUAAUUAUCUCAGGCCUGAUAUCAAGAGAGGAAAGUUUAGUCUCCAAGAAGAACAAACCAUCAUUCAGCUCCAUGCCCUUUUAGGGAACAGGUGGUCUGCUAUAGCGACUCACUUGCCAAAGAGAACAGAUAACGAGAUAAAGAACUACUGGAACACUCAUCUUAAGAAGAGGCUAGCCAAAAUGGGGAUCGAUCCCAUCACUCACAAGCCCAAAUCCGAUGCUUUACUCUCCGGUACCGAUGCUAAUCAAUCCAAGAAUGCAGCGAACCUUAGCCAUAUGGCUCAGUGGGAAAGUGCUAGGCUUGAAGCCGAAGCUCGAUUGGUUCGAGAAUCAAAGCUACGUUCGUUUCAAAACCUCCUCACUCGUCCAACAACAACAGCCUUUCCUUCUUCAGUUUCGGCUGCUCAGCCUGUGAAUAAGACGGCUUGGAAUAGUAUUAACAAUGCUGGAUUCGGUGACCUCGAGUCACCUAAAUCAACACUGACUUCCUCGGAAAAUGGGAUCGGACCGAGUACGAUGCCGAUGAACGAGUUUACCUGCACCGCAUCGGCUUCAUCCGAGACCGGAAUCAUAAAACAAGAAGGUGAACAAGAAUGGAAAGGAACUAAUUUGGCCAUGGACAACAUUAAUUCUCUAUCCUUCACUUCAACAAGCAUCCAUGAUGAUAUCGGAAACACAAUGGAAGAUGGGUUCAUUAACCUUCUUCUCAACGAUUCCACCGACCCCAGUUUAUCAGAUAGUGGCAAAGAAUCCGAUGGAAGCAGUGGAGGAAGCGAUGAUCACUGUGAAGACAACAACAAUAACUAUUGGAACAGCAUCCUUGAUUUGGUGAAUUCUUCCCCAUCAGAUUCACCAAUGUUCUAAACAAAUUAAUGCUUCUUUGGCCUUCGUCAAAACAGCCCAUCAAAUCUCAAAAACUAUACAAAAAUGCCAUCAGAUGACAAUGCUUUUGCCCAAAAGUAACAGCUAGCGUUGAGGAGACCUCACAUCACUUCUUCAAAAACAUGAAAAUGUACACUGAGCUACCAUUAAAAGUUGAUAGGGUUUUAACAUGUGUUUGAGUUCCACUUCAAUGAUGCUUUCAGUUGAA